AUGUAUUAUAUUUUUGUAGAGACUGAGACUUUACAUAAAAUAGAAACUCCGAAAGACCACACACAAAUAGUUAGUUUAAGCUAUCAAUUGAUUAAUGUUGAGUAUAAAGAGGACCUAUCUUAUGAUGUUAAAAAAAAUGAUGUUGUCAUCUUAUCAUUAGGUGAUUCUAUGGCGAAUGGGGAUAUUAUGACUUUCAAAGAUAUUAUUGAACAAUUCUCUAGAAACGUUGAAAAAACAAUAGGAAACGAGGAAAAAGUUCUAUGCUCAUUGAAUUCAACCUGGGACCUUCGUGUAACUAUUCCAAGACAAUCAAAUGAUGAAGGUAUCAUCUUACCGUCUUUUUUAAAGUUACCAAUUAUUUUUGACCUGUGGAAAGAAUAUCAGAGAUGGUGUAAUCUACAUUUCUCUGAAAUCAAUACUAUGAAGACAAAGAAGUAUAAGGAUUCAUCAGAAUUAUACAAAAUCUUGGAAAUAAAUCAAAAUUCUGAUGCCAAAACAAAUAACGAAAAAUUAAAUGAUAGAAGUGGUAAUAUUAACAUGGAUCGCGGGUAUAAAAAGAACGAUGUUAGAAGCACAGUAGAUGUAUUCAUGGCAAUUGUUGACAAAUGUUCGACUCCAGAGGAUCAUGAAUCUGUAUUGACUCAUCCUUAUAACUCAAAUGUGGACUUCCAAACAUUUAUUCAAGAAACAUCAAAAAUAAUUUAUAUGAAUAAUUUACCACCAGAUACAACACAAAGUGAGUUGGAAUCAUGGUUUGCACAGUUUGGAAUUAAACCAGCAAGAUUAUGGACGGUUAGGAACAUUUUGGAAAGUACAUCUUAUACAAAUUCUAAUGGGAACUCCAAUAAUAGCCCCUAUGUAGAAGAACAUGAUAGUAUUUCUGGUUUUGCUGUAUUUCAGACUCAUAAAGAAGCUACAGAUGCGUUGUUGCUAAAUGGUCGUUCCAUUUUGUCAAACAUGGCUAAUACAAAACAACCAAGGGUGGUUGAGCAUAUUGUAGAAUUGCAACCAUCAUCUAUGGUGAUUUUAGAGAGAAUUCAAGAAAUCUCCUCACAGUUUCCUCAAAGCAAAAAUAAACCUAGACCAGGUGAUUGGAACUGUAUGUCAUGUGGUUUUUCGAACUUCCAAAGAAGAACUUCAUGUUUUAGAUGUUCCUUCCCUGCAGCAACUUCAAAUAAUGGAAAUGGAACAAAUGUUAAUAAUACCAUAAAUACGAGAAAAUAUAAUAAUGGUAAUAAUGAGAAUUCUUUGAACUCCGCUAAUAAAAACACUAUGAAUUCUUAUUCGUUAAACCAAUACCAACUUGAUAAUAAAGACCGCAUUUCUACAGAUAUUCACUCCCCAAUGGAUUCUUCCAAUUACAAUAAUAUGGGCAUAUAUGGUGGGAAUAUUUCUGCAGGUAAUAACAUUUUAACUCAAAAUUCGAAUAUGAUCAUGAAUAAUGUCAAUAAUCAUAAUUUACUUUCAAAUUAUGAUAAUUUAACAGGAAAUAUAGGGUAUUCUUUAAAUAACGGUCAUACCAAUAACCAAUAUCGUUAUAACCAUAAUAAUCAUUUGGGUUUUCAAAACAACGCAUAUAAUGCAAAUAAUAACAGGUACAGCAACCAAGGUAAUGGGUUAAAUAACGGAGGCUCUAAUGUUCCAUUCAGAGCCGGUGAUUGGAAAUGUAGUGCAUGUAGCUACCAUAAUUUUGCAAAGAAUAUCGUGUGUCUUCGUUGUGGAGGUCCAAAAACUCAAGCUAUUUUAAAUGAUAUGAAUAAAUCAAUGUCUCAUAAUUCAGGACAGAAGUAUAACGGCCAUUCAAAUCAUAAAUCUCAGUAUAAUGAUCAUGAAAAAAUGGGUUCAAAUAAUAGGGUCGAUACUCCAACUUCGAGUUCCACGGUAUCAUCAGAAGACUUACAUGAUAAGAACAUAAACAAGGAAUAUUACAUUGAUAACAAGAAGCACAAUAAUUCAUUUGUUUAA